AUCUGUAAGGUUGAAGGUUGAGAAGGAAUGGAAACUCGAGCCGAAUUUGGUGAAAAAGGUGAGCUUGCCGAAUCAUCGUCACGCGUGGAGAAAUUCUGAAUCCCUGAGGGAACGGGAUCUCUCUCUCUCUCUCUCUCUCUAGCUCUUUAUCUCUCUCUGCGCUUUUGGUUUUCAACUUUUCCUUUCCAGGCCUAGACCGCCAACGCCGCAAGCAAGGAAUUCCCUCUUCCUUCUCUGGAUUUCACCCAUCCAGUAGAGCAUUGUGAUCUGUUAUCAUAUAUCCAAGGAUGGUGCUUGGGCUAAGGUCUAAGAACAGAAAAGGCACUUCCAUUCAAGUCGAUUACUUCGUCAAUGUGCAAGAGAUUAGGCCCUGGCCCCCAUCCCAAUCUCUGAGAUCUGUUCAGUCUGUAUUGCUUCAUUGGGAAAAUGGGGAUCAGAAUUAUGGGUCAUUUUCUACUGUUGUUGGGAAUGGCAGCAUUGAGUUCAACAAAUCUUUUGCACUUCCAGUGACUCUUUCUGCAGAUAAAAGGUCCCGCGAUAGCUUUCAGAAGAACUGCUUGGAGUUUCACUUGUACGAAUCGCGUAAUGAGAGGGCAGCAAAAGGUCAAUCUCUAGGGUCAUCAAUAAUAAAUCUGGCAGAUUAUGGAGUUAUCAAAGAAACCUUACCAAUUAGAGCUCUUGUGAACUGCAAGAAGAGCUCCAAGAACGCAGCCCAACCCGUUUUGCAUGUCACCGUGCAGCCACUAGACAAGUACAGCUCCAAUUCAUCACCAAAUAGCAGCUUAUCGAAAGAGGCAUCACUGGACAAGGAUGGAGGAGAGUUUUUUUCGGAAUUGAUGAAUGAACGAAAUGGUCAUGAAUGUGAGAUUGCUUCUUUUACUGAUGAUGAUGUUUCCCCACAUUCAUCACAGACCUUCUUGACGUCCCCUUUGGAGGGAAUUUCAUCUCAAAAUGUGGUUGCAGAUGGAGAAAUGAAGAGUCCCCAAGAAAAUGUUGAAGAAUCUGUUAGAGACAAUGUUGUUAACGAACAUACUGCCAAAAGUACAUCCUCAGAGGUGUUUAUUGAGGAGGGAACAAACACUGACCUGUCAAGCUCCAGAGAUUGCCAAGCCGAUGGGGAUGGCCACAGAUUUAUAAAUGGAGAUAGGAAAAACAGCCAGCUGGAUGCUACAACUGUUAAUGAAGUAUCUGUUAGUUUGCCAGACGGCCAAGAGAAAAAGGAACAGCAGAAAUAUGGAAAGGAUGAACCAGUCCUAGAGGAAAUGAGCGAUUCUUUAGGAGACAGACUAGGGAUGCAGUCUUCACUAAAUGCUUCCAGAAAGCCUUCUUCACUAAGGAGUGAGACUCUCACAUUCAGCCGAAGUAUACGUGGAGUGCAAGGCACUAAUAGUAAUAAACUAAAGCAUGUGAAGUCUGUUCAGCUGCCAUUUACCUCAGCUGAGGUCAGUGGGUUAUCUGAUAAAAGUCAGAAUGUGGGGAAAGCAGCAGAAGUAGAUAACCUGAAGCAUGCUCUUGGUGAUGCAACAUAUAAUGCAGCUACUAAAGGAAACAAACCAAACAAUGGCUUUUCUGACAGCAAAAUUGAUUGGAAAUCCAGAAUUGAGAAGCUUGAAGAAGAGUUGAGUGAGGCUGCCAUUAUUGAGGCUGCCCUUUAUUCUGUAGUUGCUGAGCAUGCUAGUUCCACGAACAAGGUGCAUGCUCCAGCUCGGCGUCUCUCUAGAUUCUAUCUUCACUCUUAUCAAGCAACAUCCCACUCUAAAAGAGCAAGUGCAGCGAGAAGUGCUGUUUCAGGGUUAAUUUUGGUUACUAAAUCAUGCGGAACUGAUGUUCCAAGGUUAACAUUCUGGUUGUCAAAUUCAAUUAUGCUGCGAGCAAUUGUCAAUCAGGCAGUUCUGGUUACUCCACUUUCUGAUAGACCUAAUAAGGAAACUACUAGUCGUGGCAAAGUGUCGUCUGCAAUAUCCUUACUGGAACGGGGCAAGUUCUCUCCCACUGAGAAAGAAAAGAGUCAUCCAACAGAAGAAUUAUGUGACUGGGCAAAUCCACAAGCAUUUGCAAUUGCACUGGAAAAAGUUGAAGCUUGGAUAUUUUCCCGUAUUGUGGAGUCAGUCUGGUGGCAGACAAUGACUCCACAUAUGCAGUCCACAGCAGCAAAGACUGGUGGUAGAGGAUCCAGCUCAAGAAAAAGUAGACAUGUUUUGGGUGAUCAAGAGCAGGGAAGUUUCUCUACUGAGCUCUGGAAGAAGGCUUUUAAUGAUGCACGUGAAAGGCUUUGUCCCAUUCGAGCUGCUGGGCAUGAGUGUGCCUGCUUGCCUGUGCUGGCUAGACUGGUAAUGGAGCAGUUGGUGCAUAGACUAGAUGUCGCAAUGUUUAAUGCCAUUCUUCGUGAAUCAGCGGAUGAAAUGCCGACAGAUCCAAUGUCUGACCCAGUUAGUGAUCCUAAAGUCCUCCCAAUUCUUGCUGGUAAAUCAAGCUUUGGGGCUGGUGCUCAACUGAAAAAUGCUAUUGGGAACUGGUCAAGAUGGCUUACAGAUCUCUUUGGCAUGGAAGAUAACGACUCACCUGAGGACGAGAAUGAUCACGACAACAGUGGAAUGAGCAGCAGAAAAUCUUUUAAACCUUUCCGUCUGCUCAAUGCGCUGAGUGAUCUCAUGAUGCUUCCAACUGAAAUGCUUGCUGAUAGCUCCACAAGAAAAGAGAUUUGUCCUAUGUUUGAUGCAUCGUUGAUUAAAAGGGUACUAAGCAAUUUUGUACCUGACGAGUUUUCUCCAGAGCCGAUUCCAGCAGCUGUCCUCGAGGCCCUGGAUGCCGAGGAUUCUCAGGAUACCACCGGAGAGUUGGUCACGGUUCCAUGCACCGCCAUGCGGACAAUCUACUCGCCGCCUCUGGCAGCUUCACUUGCAGGCUUUAUAGGAGAUGUGGGAAUCCAAAAUCUGCAGAGGAGUGCAUCUUCAGUACUCAGAAAAUCAUACACAAGUGAUGACGAACUUGAUGAGCUCAAUUCACCCAUAACUUGUAUCAUCAAUGAGAACUCCCAGAUUAGCCCUUCUUCAACCAGUGGCGGCUGGAUCAUGCCAAAGGGUGGCCGAGAUAUUGUGAGAUAUAAGCUUCUUAGAGAAGUAUGGAGAGAUGGUGAAUAGAACUGCGCUAUAGAUAUGCUUUUUGUAUGUAUGUGUAUAUAUAUAUAUAUGUAUGUAGUUCAUAUGAGAUUGGAGAAGCUUUCUGGUACUCCCCAGUGGGGACAUCGUCCUGUUCUUCUGUUUUGCAAAUGCCAAAUAAUGAAAGCGAAUUUAUUGCACAUACAUGAA